CUCGAAUUCAUCCACUCUGAUCGAAACGACCCAACCAUGUCAAAUCUCUCAGGAGGCACCCCCGCCGGCGACGAAACAAGUCCCAACGAAGAAAAGACCGAAUGGAAUAAAAGCUCCUCCCGAUUUGAAAGUAAACGCUACAGUGAAUACUUUGAUCCUUGCCAAGAUGCUGCGAAUCGAAGUUUGAAAUGUCUGAGGAGGAAUGGGGGGGAUAGGAUGAUGUGUCAGGAUUACUUUGAUGCGUAUAAAGCUUGUAAGAAACAAUGGAUGGAGGAGAGGGCCGAGCAGAAGAGACAAUCAGGGAAAGGAUGGUUUGGUUGAUAUGGGAGGUUGUUGCAUUGUAUCCAGCCUUCUGCAGCGAGUGCCUUGAUUUCAUUUUUGAUAAUUGCAAAAAGUGCACGACCCGAAGUUCAGAAGGGAGUCCCAGGGCGCAGUAUCUUGCAUUCACAACUGCCAGAGCAGUGAAGCCCCAAGCAGCUUUUAUUGUAGCAGUGAAGUGCAAGGCACUGCUCGUACAGUACAUGGCGUUCCAGCAACAAAUUUUGCCUGCGAGGAAAGAUCUGACGACGCACUCAACCCCAAGAUCAGCAAAGGGCUUUCAUUUUGGCUUGUUGUCUUGAUUGUAUAGGAGUGUGGCCAGCUGUUCGGUGGGAUUCGGAACCUACAUUACUCCAUCAAUCUGGUUGCCUUGUCGUUAUCGACUGUGAAUUAUGUAUUCUUCCCUAGUGAUUAUAGUACAAUUUCGUCCUGGAUUGGGACUUGCUAACCACGUCCUAUGCUGCCUUGAGGAACCCUAAGGUAUAGGAUGUGAU